AUGCGUUAUCAACUUCUGCUUCUCGCCAACUUGGCGGCGUAUGCUCUCGCCGCCCCGACCACUAAUGCGCUGGAUCGCCGCAGCUUCAUUUCCUCGAUCAUCAGUGAUCUCGGCGUCGACCUGAGCUCCAUCCUCGAUGCCGUUCUUGGGGGCAGCGUCUCCAUCUCGGCGGAGACCUUCACCACUAUGUCUGCCAAAGCAGCUGCCGCUCUGGAAGGAGGUGCCCUGGGUUGCUCGGCUGGCACCAUCCAUUCCGAGGCUCGCAGUGACCUCAAGGUGUGGCUCGAGGCCCUGGAUGAUAGCUCCUUCGACUCCUCACUGAAGGCCUCCCUCUUGGACUGGUGUGACGGGGAUGACUCUGUCACCUUGUCGACCGACGUCUGCGCUGGCCUCGCACUCUACAUCCCCACCUGUGCCGGUAUCGCCGCCGCAGGUGAUCUCUACGUUACCGUUGACGGUAUCCUCGGAGCCGCCGACCUUGAGAGCGAGGUCUGCCUCUCCUCCUCCGCUCAGACAACCCUCACCACCUUCCUCUCUGGCUCUGCCGGCGUUGCCCUCGACGCCGAUAUCCGCGGUGCUCUGGGACUGUGCGCGGCUGGUGGUGUCGUCAGCGGCCUGUCUGCCGAUAUCAAGGCUACCCUCAAGACCUGGGUUUCGGGCUCUAGCUGCACCCUCAGCUCCUCGCUCCAGACUGCUGUUCUGGCCUGGCUGGAGGGUAGCACUAGCACGGAUGUCAUCGUCGUCGGUGAUCUUUCCACCGAGGCCCUGACCUGCGUCUCUGUCGGUGCCGCCGUCGGUGCCCGUGUCGACUCCAGCGGUAUCCUCUCCUCCAGCGCCCAGGCUUCCAUCUCUGCCUUCCUCGAGACCGACCUCGGUGCUGAGCUCGACACCUCCAUCACCGAUUGCCUCAACGUUUGCGCCGAAGGCGGCGUUUCUACCUCUCUGAGCGCCGAUGUCCGUCUUGCCUUUGCCACCUGGCUGUCUGGCUCCAGUUGCUCCAUCGGUGCUGAGCUCAAGUCCGUCCUUCUGUACUGGCUCUCCAUCGGUGUCUCGUCCGACAUUUCCAUCACCCUCACCACCUCCGAGAUCACUUCGAUCAGCACAUGGCUCUCUGGCUCCGUUGGCUCCGACAUCAGCGCUUCCCUGAAGGGCUCUAUCGGUGCCUGUACCGCGGGCGAGACCAUGACUGUCCUCUCCGCCGAAGCCCUCGCCGAGCUGUCUGCCUUCCUUGGCGGCUCGGUCGGCAUUGACAUCGACACCGACAUCCUGAUCAUCCUCAUCUCCUGGUCGAGCGGCUGCAGCAUCUCCGGCACCGGCUCUUCAUCGGGCUCUGGCUCUGGCUCCGCCUCUGCCAGC